AUUUAAAAUGAAAAUGGCACGGAUCAUACUUGAGACAUUUCUCUUGUUUAACUUGGUUAUUGUUCCUUCUCUAGCUUAUCCAUUUGGACUUAACUUUGGAUUUGGUUUACGAAAUAAUGAUGAUGUACAAAUUGAUGAGCAACCACAAGUAAAAAAUGGUGAAGGAAUGGGAAAUUUAAAGGUUGGCAAAGAAACGGGAAAUGAAAAGGUUGAGAAUAAAAAGAGAAAUGCAAUUUUUGAGGCAGAAAAGCUAAUUGAAAAGGUUGCGGUUGAUGAUAGAGCUAAACUUAAGGCAGGAUUCUAUGCCCAAACUUGUCCCAAUGCUGAGAAAAUCGUUGCUGAUGCUCUUGCUGAUGCUGUUAAGGUUAAUCCAAAUGCAGUUGCUCACCUCGUUCGUCUUCAAUUUCAUGACUGUUUUGUUGUUGGAUGUGAUGCGUCAAUCUUGCUAGACUACUCACCAACAGGAGACAAAGUAGAGAAAAGUUCAAUGUUCAAUGGACAACUUCUCAAAGGAGCUGACAUAGUUGAUGACAUAAAAGAAAAGCUAGAAGAACAAUGUCCAGGAAUAGUGUCAUGCUCAGACACAUUAGCAUUUUCAAUCAAUGAAGGACUGUUCCUUGCCGGUUUACCUCGUAGAGCGCCUCUUGGCGGCCGCAGAGAUUCGCUCUAUUCUCUCGCAUCCAUCGCGGAGGACGACAAUCUCCCACAGCCUAAUUGGUCAAUUGAAAGAAUGGUUUCACUCUUCAUAAAAAAAGGUUUCACAAUUGAAGAAAUGGUUAUCUUACUCGGUGCACAUUCAAUUGGUUCGGCUCAUUGUGAUGUUUUCAUGCAAAGGAUUUUUAAUUACAAAAACACGAGGAAACCUGACCCUACGCUACCAGCUCCAGUGGUUGCAGAGUUUCAAGGUGUCUGUAAGAAUGCUGGGACACCACAAUUUAGAAACCCGACUGUGAAUUUCGAUGAGACACCAAGAAAGCUUGAUAACUUGUUUUACAAGAAUAUGUUGACAAGGAACAAGACGGUCUUGAUUACGGAUUCUCAUUUGAUUGAUGAUCCUAGAACAAUUCCUAUUGUUGUGAAGAUGGCGGGUGAGAAUGCUUUGUGGCAAAAGAGAUUCGCUGAUGCUAUGGAUAAGAUGGGUGCUUUGAAUGUUCUUACUGGAGACGCUGGUGAAGUGAGGACUACUUGCAGGGCCACUAAUAAUUAAAUGUGUGUUAUUCAUUAAUCUAUGUAUGUAAAAGUUGUCAUUAUGUUUGAUUCAAUUUUUUUUUCUUUUUACUUUUUAUUAUGAUAGUUUGAUAUAUUAAUGAUACAUUAUUAUUUUUCUUGUUUAA